UUGUUCGCUCUCCUUACACCACUCCCUUCGAACUGGAUAUUCUACUUCCGCUGUAAACUAGACAGCAUGGACGGAUAUCAGCUCUUCCGAAAACUCGGUUUCGGAGCUAAAUUUGAUUUAAAGCGCUUUCACGGUGAUGCAGAAAAGAUAAGGAUUGUGGGCACCAAAUCUGACCCAGCACAUGGAUCAGGAAGAAAGUUUGCUCAAGAAGUUCACCAAAGAGAUGAUGAGGUGAUCAGUGAAGAGGAUGAUAAACGUUCAGUCAAGAAAAGAAAACUACCCCAACAUCAUGAACAUGCUCAACAUGAUGGUCCAACAGUAACAAAGAAACAGAAAGAAGAGGAAGACUCAAGUAGUGAUACUGGAUCUUUAGACAGUGAUGAGGACAGUGAUGAUAGUGAAUCUGGCACAGAAGAUGAAGAGAUGAAUGUUCAAGAAGCAGGAUCUGAUUCUGAGUCCAGUGACAACAAAACAGAUUCUGAGGUGGAUGAUGACAAAAUGAAUUCUGGCUCGGAGAGUGACUCUGGUGAUGAGCUACAGCUGCUGGGGAACAUCCGAUCAUCGGGGAAGACGGUGAAGGAAGUGCAGCAGACCCAGAACUCGGAGAACAGACAGCAGAACAAGGCAGAUGCAAAGCAGAAGAAGUUGAAUACCUUGAGGAAGCGACACAAAAUCCAUGUGACAGGCACAGACAUCCCACCUCCUUUUACCAUGUUUGAAGAGCUGCGGACGCAGUACGGCCUCCACAAAACCCUCCUCUCCAACAUUGUCAGCGUGGGAUAUAAGGAACCUACUGCAGUACAAAUGCAGGCCAUUCCGACCAUGUUACAGAGACGUGACAUAAUGGCCUGUGCCCCCACUGGCUCGGGGAAGACAGCAGCGUUUAUCAUCCCGAUACUGCAUCACCUGAAGGAGCCGCGCAACGCCGGCUUCAGGGCAGUCAUACUAGCUCCGACCAGGGAACUGGCCAAACAGACUUACAGAGAGUUCCAGAGAUUGUCUGAGGGUAUAGGAUUCAGGACGUACUAUAUUGAAAAGGCAGCAACGGCGAUUAAGAAGUUUGGACCAAAAUCAAAGAAGAAAUUUGACAUCUUGGUGACGACUCCGAACAGGUUGGUGUACAUCCUGCAGAAACACCCGGAUGUCCUUGACCUUGGCAGUGUGGAGUGGCUGGUUGUAGAUGAGUCCGACAAGUUGUUUGAGGAGGGAAAGAGAGGAUUCAGAGACCAGUUGGGUGUUAUCUACAAGGCCUGUGACUCAACUCAUGUGCGGCGAGCUAUGUUUAGUGCAACGUUUGCUUGUGACGUGGAGGAGUGGUGCAAACUCAACCUGGACAAUGUGGUGCAGGUGUACGUGGGCUUGAGGAACUCAGCCACGGAGACAGUCCAGCAGGAGUUGGUGUUUGUGGGGACCGAGUCGGGAAAACUGCUGGCCGUCCGCAACCUGGUCAAGAAGGGCAUUGAGCCUCCAGUGUUGAUCUUUGUCCAGUCGAAGGAUCGAGCCAAGGAACUGUUUCAUGAACUCAUCUAUGAUGGUGUCAAUGUUGAUGUCAUUCACGCAGACAGAACCCAGUUAGAGCGUGACAAUGUUGUGAAGUGUUUCCGGCUGGGCAAAAUCUGGGUGUUGAUCUGCACGGAGCUGAUGGGUCGCGGUAUCGACUUCAAGGGAGUCAAUCUCGUCAUCAACUACGACUUCCCCUACAGCGCCAUCAGCUACAUACACAGGAUAGGUCGAACAGGGCGCGCAGGUCGACCUGGUAGAGCCAUUACCUACUUCACACAGGAUGACUCAGUAUAUCUCAGAAGCAUUGCUAAUGUGAUGAAGCAGGCUGGGUGCCCAGUGCCAGACUACAUGCUACAGUUGGCCAGACCCAGCAAGAAGCGUAGAAAGAAACUUGCUCACACGGCGCCCAAGAGAAAACCUGUGUCAACAGACUCCCAAUAUGACCUUGAACAACGACAGAAACAGAAGGAAGAAAACAUGAAGUCUGUGUAUAAGAAAAAGCCCAGGCCAAAUAAGGAGAGCUCAACUCCCGGUGGGGAAAAGACAGGUCCUGUUACAAAAUCACAACCAAAUAAGAAAAGUAAGAAGAAAAAUUUCUUAAAGGGGGAUGCUGAGCAAGCCUCUGGUACAAGUCAGGAGGUGUCUGAAGUGGGACAGAACAAGGAAGGUGAUCACACCUCCGGGAAGAUCAGUUCAAGCAAGUCUGUGAAACAUAAAGGAGAGAAAAACAGAAAUAAUAAGAAAAUGAAAAAGAAAACUAACACAUCAGUGAAAUAAAAAUGGACCUCGACAUGGUUGAAUGUAUGAAUGAAAUGAAUGUUUCAAAUAUGAAUGUCUGGAGAAAAUAUCGUUAGAAAAUAAAUGUACAAAUACUUUAAACCUGAUAAAUAUGUGUGUUGU